UGGGAGAGAGAGGGGAGGAGGGCUGGGAGAGAGAGGGGAGGAGAGAGGCCGACACUGAGCAUGAAAAACACCUGCCAAAUGAAUUGGCCGGGUUCCAGGAGAGAAAGAGAGAGAGACGGGUGGAAGGAGAGGGAGGCAGAAUGAGAGUGAUGAGUUUAAGAUGGAUGGAUACAGGGUAUGGAGUUUUCUGUGAGGGGGAAUGAAAGACAGCGAGAGGGGCAACCGAGAAAGGAGGAGAGUGGAGUAAAGGGAGAGAGAGAGACAGGACUGGGAUGGAAACGAGGAGUGUGAAUACAGCCAUCUGUUCCUCCCAGAGCCACACUGGUUCAGCCCAUCGCGUUUCCAGGGCAUUCUCUGGGAGAACAAUGUUGGCUAUAUCAUCUGAUUGAAGCUGUCUAUUCUAUAGAGACAAGCCUUUUCUCUCCUGCCCGACAUCAUUACCUGCAUUCAGACGCAUGCUUUCAUCGUGAGGCUCUUGAUAAGGGGUAUGGGAUUUUGUGUCAAUGCAUAUUUGAGCCGUGAAGGACACUUUUGUUCCACCAAUUCAGUACUGUAAACUCUUUCAUUAACCCAGACCUAUAUCUCCUUCUGAGAGGAACAUGCAGUGUCUCCACACACCUCUGGUCUCCCACUAAGACACCAGGUGUGGCAAAUAUGACCCUGUGAGGACUAACAAAAUUAAGGACAAUAAUAAUAAAUAAUGUAUUAAGUCAGCAGACUCUUAAUGCAAAGUGACCUACAGAGGGGGAUUUGAACCUGCACCUUCUCUACAAGUGAGCUGUACCCACCACUGUGCUAGGAAAUCAGAAACCUAUACUUGUGGUUUCGCACCCAACAGCUUGUGUCUCGGCAUGUCUGCUCCGCUACCUGCCAUCCUGUCGGGAUAUUCAGGCCUCUCAGCGAGAUGAAAACUCAAGUUGCCUUUCUAGCUUGGUCACCACGGCACAGCACACUUGCUUCAUGCCACUGUGUUUGUAUACCGUAAAGAAACAAAGAAGGAAACCUCGUAUUUAUUAUUUGUUACGUUGAGUAACUUACUAAAUGUGUCAUAUACCUGUUGAUGACUGUGUGUAUCUCAGUGUAAACUUUGUUCAUGUAAAUUAUUCUGAUUUAAUUGCUUAUUGGAUUCAUCUGUCCCAAAGUACCAGACGCGUUCCACCCUGGUUCCUUCAGGGAACACUAGAGAAAGCUCUACUGUAUGUUGUCAUAUGAUAUGAAGCCAUUUGUUCACUAGUUUGGUAUGGAAAUUGAGCGUGGUAUGACGUUCAUUGAGAGUUUUCUAUUUAGAAAACAGCAUAUCGAUUAGGGACCCAAUCCCAUCCCAACGUCAUUUAGGGACGUCUGACGACGCUGCGUCUCGAGACUGCUGGAGCAUCCAGUCGCUCGCUCUCCAUGGUCCUGAAACGCACCGUGCGCCGCAACGCUUUGCUACUGCCGUGAGUAGAUGGAUGCUCGGGACUCGCGCUCUGUUUAAAAAGGAUUAUUUCACGGACAAUAUAUUGUUUUGCACUUUUCUUUUGAUGGAGAUUCAAGCAGAUAUGAUGCCUAACGGCUCUUUUAGGAAUCUAAACCAAACAGACGGAUUUUUUCUAACGAAUUCAUCUGGAAAUGAAACGCACAGCGAAACACACGGCAGCGCAAUCCUGAUAUCGUUUAUUUACUCAGUGGUGUGCCUGGUUGGACUGUGUGGCAACUCCAUGGUGAUCUAUGUCAUUUUCAGGUAUGCCAAAAUGAAAACGGCUACCAACAUCUACAUUCUGAACUUGGCUAUUGCGGACGAGUUACUCAUGCUGAGCGUCCCGUUCCUGGUGACUUCUUCACUUCUACACCACUGGCCGUUCGGUUCCCUCCUUUGCCGACUUGUCCUGAGUGUUGACGCUAUCAAUAUGUUCACCAGUAUUUACUGCCUAACUGUCCUAAGCAUUGACCGUUAUAUUGCAGUUGUACAUCCCAUCAAGGCGUCCCGGUACCGCAGACCCACAAUUGCCAAAAUGGUUAACUUAGGGGUGUGGAUGUUCUCUAUUGUAGUCAUUUUGCCGAUUAUCAUAUUUUCUACGACAGCACCAAACUCAGACGGUUCUGUCGCAUGCAACAUGCAGAUGCCCGAGCCCGAGCGCCAGUGGAUGGCUGUGUUUGUGAUAUAUGCCUUCCUCAUGGGCUUUCUGUUCCCAGUAAUUGCCAUUUGUAUGUGUUACAUCCUCAUCAUUGCCAAGCUGAGAGUGGUGGCUCUGAAGGCGGGAUGGCAGCAGCGCAAAAAAUCGGAGAGAAAGAUCACACUGAUGGUGAUGAUGGUGGUGACCGUGUUUGUCAUCUGCUGGAUGCCCUUUCACAUCGUCCAGCUCGUUAACGUGUUCGUACAGAAGCACAACGCAACGCUCAGCCAACUGGCUGUGAUUUUAGGAUACGCUAACAGCUGCGCCAACCCUCUCCUCUACGGGUUCCUUUCGGACAAUUUCAAACGUUCUUUCCAAAGAAUCCUGUGCCUACGCUGGAUGGAUAGCGCCACUGAAGAACCCAUAGACUAUUAUGCAACGGCUGUGAAAAGUCGCGGAUAUAGUGUGGACGAGUUCCAACCGGACAACAUGGAAUCAGACAGCACUUACCGGAACGGCACCUGUACUUCUAGGACCACUACAUUGUAGCAUAAUGACUGGCGUUGUGAUAUGAACAAAUGAAUGUGGCCGCUUGAGUAUUUCAUAUGACUGUUACUUCUACGUCUGUUAACUUGCAAAUGUUUUCCAUAAACGCGGCAUUAAAAAUUAGAUGAAUUUAAGCGUCUAAUUAUUUAUUGACAUACCUUCAGGCGGGACUGGAAAUG